AUGGGUAAUCUGGCUUGUAGUGAUGGUAUUUCUGACCAGCUAACACCACUUUUUUUUUUCCUUUCUUGGUCGUGUAGUCCUUCCUCUCACCACUUACCAGUCAUUAAUUGCUCUUACUGCAUGAGAAGGGUUGGUUUGUGGGGAUUCCAGCAAAUCGAGUGUGUGGCUUCAGAGCCUGACAACACAUCCAGCACUCCCAGUACACCAGUUCCACAAACAUCUGAUAAGAAAGAGGAAAAAUCAGGACUUACUGCUGUGUCUCCUCGACGUAUGGUCACAAGAAGCCAAGAUAUUGCCGUAUCACAGACUGAACAGGCUGAAAAACCACCAUCCCCUGUUGGAUCCCGGACCAGAAGUCAUAAUUCUCACAGUCCCAGCCCCCUUGAUAGACCUGAUUUUGAUAGUGCAGGUUCAGCUACAAGAAGCAAGAGACCAAUGACUCGCAGUAUGGGAGAGGUGGCCCCUACUGGUAUUGAGAUCUCUUCAAGUCCACAGAGGAAAGUGAAGCGUUUGCGUCUCUGUUCCUUCAGCACUUCUGAAGUGCUUUCGUCUGUCAGAAAUGUUUUUGCUCCCCUCUCCCAGCACAAAGACUGGUGCCCUUGGGUUACUUUAACCAAGAAACAGGAAACAGCAUCACCCGAGAAUUCUGCUAAUAAUCAAUGUGAGGUGAUAGAAAGUCCACAGCCUGGAUGGUUGGUAGUACUUAAAGUUUUGUGUAGCAUGAAGUCCAGAAGUUCUACUGAAGGAGAAGAGUGCAUGAGUGUGCCAGACAAAUCUACAAAGGUGUUUCGGAUAUUCAAGCAGUGGCAUGCACCUUGCUCAUCCUAACAGAAGAAGAAAUACUGGAACUUGUUUCUUAUUUAGUAUUUUGAGACAUUUUUAAUUUCUUUUCUUUUGUAUGUACUUGAUGGACUGUUUCUUAAUGACAGUCUCUUCAUUGUAAUGUAUAGUUAUGGUGGAAUUUAGCACACAUGCAGUUCUUUGUCUUAUUCUAAAUUGCUUUUGACCCCAGGCUUACUGACUGAGGAUGCUUUUUUUAUCUUUCUGGUGCCACAAAACUUAAGCAAAAUGACAUAUCAGGACAAAAGGAAUAAUGCCACCUUCAUUAGUUAAACCACAGUAAGCUUGUUCUUCACACAUUCCCUGGUUAAUCUGUAAAGCCUAGAGAGCAAAGCCCGAGUGGUUUCACUGAAGGUUUUUUUUGUACUGUUAGAAAUGGUUAAAUAGACUUAUUUGAUGCUACUUGAGGCCUUAACUGUUUUAAAAUGAAAUAUCCAUUCUCAAAGAUGCAUAUCAUAAUGUACUGCCACAUAUUUGGUCAUCACUGAUAAAUCUCCAUUGUCUGGGCAUGCAGUUGUAUGAGACACACAUUUAAUUUCUGUCUUUAGCCAUUGAGUAAGGAGAAUGAAAUUCAGGGUUUUAUUAUUUACUUGCAUCAUGAUAAGCAUUCUGUGUCAUUAUAUUGCCUUGUCUGUGGUGCUCAAGCUGAAGAAUGUUGUCAGGUCAAUAUGAUGGUUUUUUUCUGAUUGCACAGCAUUAUUUGUGUCUACAUUGUAAAAUAAUGUUUGCCUGACUGCUCUUUGUCCUGUACCUGGUGAAAGGAGGAGUGGUAGGUGUAGUAGGCUGAGUAACAAAGCAGGAAAGUACUUUCAGCUCUGUUUCACUUCCUGCCCUACUCUGCAGUUGUGUGAAAACUCAUCCAGGUUUUAGAUCUUUAUGCAUGCGCAUAAUCUUUUGAAAUUAAAUUGCUGCAGCUCAGCUGGACUGACUUGGAGAAGUGGAUUAUUAACAAAGCUUGUGGUAUGUACUCUGUGCUCUGUAUAGAAAGCAUACAGUGGUAGUACAAUUGAUUACUUUUUGAGAGACAAAUAUUCAAGGACAUUAGUGUUUUGUCACCGUUAUUAAAUUAUCUUAUUCACCUUGGCAUGUGGUCCCUCCAUUGCUGCCCUUAAUUUUCCUUCUCUUGGUGUCUGUUUUCCAGCACCAAAUUUAAAAUUAGUCUUCAUAAAAUAAUAUUGUCCCCUAUCUGAUCACCAUAAAGUUAAUUGAACUUUACCCUCUGCGACUUCAAGGUAAGGGAGUGAAUACAAGUAUGUCCAUAGGCUUCAGUGGAUACACCACAGUGCAUGUGUGAAUUCUUGUCCCUUCAAAUCUAUUGACAUACCCUGUGCUAUCCCUCAAGUAACAUCAUUGAGAAAUACAAAAUUAUGUGGACAUACUUUUAAUAAAAAGUUUGUGAAACAUUUUAUUAAUAAACCAUUCACAUAAUUGUGGUAAGAUUUAGUGGAAAAUAUAUUGUGGCAUGUAAGUUAGAAAUUGCUGUGAUGUAGUAACUAAAGACUUUAAGUAUCGUAAGUGGUAUUUGCCAGUUCAUUUUAAAGUGGGAAAGCACUUCUUUUUCAUCUGAUGAAGCACAGGAGAGGGACCUCCUGUUAAUCUGCAGGGAAAUUGUUCAGCACUGUGUGCAUAAGAUUCACUGUGCUCAUCCAGUGCCUCUUUGGGUACUAGACCACAGGAGAACAAAAUAGAACACAGUACAUAAACUGAGUUGACACUAGUGUCCAGAAUACCUUGUCCACCAUCCCUCUUAUGCUGUUUGUCUCUCUUUUCAUCUAAAUUGAUUAGAGGAAUUGUUACAAGUGCCAUUCAUCUGUUAAAAUACAGACUUCAGUGACAGAACAAUAUUCCUAGUACAGCAUACGAAUGUGGUACCUACGGAGCAAGACGCUUUUCUUAAGUGGUUUUACUAAGUGAGAAUUCCCAAUCUGUUCUUUUUAGCGUUUUACUGAUGGAGGGUUUUGAACUAAUCUGUAAACAUAACAAAAGACCAAUAAACUGUCCCUAGAUCUUACCAAAAAAAAAUUGUACUUAGCUUAAUGCCCGCUUUUCCUUUACUGCUUGGAUAAAGCCCCAUUACAAAUCAAGUCAGCAGAUAAUGGAAUGUUUAUGUAAAAAAAAAAGGUGCCUCAUUGACAAAAAUAAUGUGCAUGUUUAUGUAUCAAGUUGUUUGAUUCAGCAAAACAAUGGAUGAAGAAGUGUGUUGUUCUCCUUGCUGCCUGGGAAAUUCAUGCAGUCCACUGAAUUCUGACAGGUAAAGUUGUGUACCAUACUAUGGUGACUUGCUUUACUUAGAAGUAUGUGGAUGCUGUAGAACAUUUGGAGGAGUUGUACAAAAAGAAGGUAUGUUUAUUUCACUGAACUGGAGUGUUUUAAAUAUUCAGACAUUUGAAACAUUGUCUCUCCCCACUGGGAAUUACCUGGAAGUACUGCAGUGUAUUAGAUCGAGCUGUAUAUUCCUUUGUUAAAGUAGAUAAUAUUGUAUGAGAAUGCUGAACAGACAUCACCAGCAGUGCAUGAUGGGACAUUUUAUAUUUGAAAACAUCACCACUUGUUCAUGGCUUUGUCACUUACUGACAACAUCCGGUCUACAUUUUUGAUUGAAUAGAAAAUUAAACUGAGUUGGGGUUUAAAUGGCUUGUUAGAAAAGGUAAAUCAAAGUUGCACUCAUGUUUGAGUGAAAAUGCAACUAAUUACACAUCUUCAGCUCCUUUUCCAUCACUUUAAUACUUUAUUAAGCCAAGUGACAUGUUAUAGGCAUACAAUUAUGCCAUAAUAUGUGUUCACCAUGGGGAUGUUUGAAUUGAAUGAGCUUUAUGCUUUUACCUUUGCAGUACAUUGUAACGUGACCAUCAAAGCACUAAAUUGAAUUUUGGAUUGUUUGUGCAUGCAGACCUGGAUACAAGUGUCUAUACCAUAUCAGUAGUAAUAUGUUUAGAUACUUCAGUUUUUAAUAAAUAUUUUCCCUAAAGCACAGUCUGUUUGAAGGACUGCAGUGGAAAGUACCAGUCUUUACUAGAUGUUGCCUUGAUGUGCAUUUCCUUUUUUAGUUAGUAUGAGCUGGUGUUAUAGCAUCCAAAUCUUUCCAGAUGGUAUGUGAAGCAUAUGCAACACACAUGCUAAGUCUUUCUUUUCUGUGGAUGGCAAGCUCAGUUUCUGCUUAUGCUCCUUAUGUGCUGUACUGGUCACUGACAUUGGAAACACUGUAUUAACACUAAGUUGUAAAGUGUUUUAUUACUUUAAAAUCCAGUAUUGCUACUGAAAAAAAAUGCUUAUGGUGACUAAACUGCUAUGCAAGUAUUUCACAUUUGAACAUGUCUUAAUUUGGUUUGCUCGUGUUAAGACAUUUCUAGCUUAAAUCUGAAAGUGGAGGAGGUAAUAUGCAAAUAAGACUUGACCUGUAAAGCAUAGUUAAGAUUAAUAAAAAGCAGUGAAAGUGUUAAAGCUUUGCCAUAAAUUUGUUAAUCAAAUCUGCCCCUCUGAAUGAGAUUUUAAGUAUGUAUUUGCAGAAGAAAACGUUAGACUUGAAUAUAUUGAUUGUGUACACACAUGGUACAUACACAUUUCCCUCAAUCUCACACACACGUGCCCACAUUUAUAUAAUAUGCUGUAUGUAGCUGUAUUCAGAAAACAGAUUCUCCUAAUAUACAAGCAUGAAAAUCAUUGCUACAUUAAUGAAGAUGGGAUAUGCAGGCUUAAGUGUACUGUAGCAACAAAUGCUACUGUUUGGCAGACAGAAUUUGAAGAAUGCAUUCUUCCUUCACUGUUUCUAUUUGGGAGUCUGACAUUUCAUAGAGAUUGAAUAUUAUGAAGCUGGGGAAAUGAUAAACUGUGAUACUAUAUACUCUAGUGUAGCAAUUGUUGUAUGGCAGAUGGUGUUUUUAAGGUUUGAAUUCAUGUUUCCAGGUAUAAAAUUUUGCAGUCUGACUAUUGCAUCACUUUACUUGGAUUAUUUUUGGGGAGGCAGAAUAAAGCAAGUUGUGGCAUUAGUUGGCAGGUAGAUUGUGAAAACAGAGGACAAGCAGGGAUGGUUAACAAGGACGUAAUGAGUGCGAGGCCUCAGACCCACACAUACACUUGUACAGUAGUGUGUUAAAUAGACUUUCAUUCUGAACAGCUGCUACUGAAGUAUUACAGUAGAGUAGUGUUGGCUAUUAACCUGCAGGUCAGUUGUGUAAAAAGUGGGUAGAAGUUCUAUCUGAUUAAACAUGUUUAUUGACUUGACAUUGAGGUGGAGCAUGUUGCCCUUUUUGAAAUUAAGUGCUAAAAUAUAUACUGUGGCUGGAUACCUGGGUGGAUUUGUGGUCAUUUCAUUUAAACUUUAACAUCACAGCUGUGAUUGAGCAUUACCUUAUUUCAUAAAAGCAACAGAUGCUUAAUCUUGUUGAUAACUUUAUCUUGUUCUCUUCAUGAUCAUUACUUUAAUUGCUGUACCAGUGACUGAGAGAAUGGCUGGUGCAGCUUACUCUGGGCAAUAUCUGUCUCAGUCCUAUAUAUGUGACCAGGAGUCGUCAUGCCAUUUUGCAUGAGUCUUCUAGUGAAUUGGAAAAGAAUCUGGUGAACACAUUCGACAAUUGGUUAUGGAUCUAGGGCAUAUGCUAUUCACAUCCUUGCAAUGAAGACAUAACAUAGAGUAAUGCGUGUACUGUGCAGAUAAUCAUUAGCUUUGCUUCCCUACCAUGCAGCAGCUGUGGACAGUAGUAUAACUAGGUUGGGGCAAGAGGGGCAACUGCCCUGGGUCCAAAGUUUGGGGGGGUGCAAUCAUUCAAUAUUGAUCUCUCUUUAAUGCAAUACUGGCUUUUAAAAGCCAGUAUUGCAUUUGUGGUUAAACCGGAGUUCUGUAGCACUCAUGUGUGCUCUAAAUAGUAGCAAGCAGUUUGCUACAGUUUAACAGUAAAAAAAAAAAAAUAUUUAUUUUUUGUCAACUUAAACCUGAGCAGUGUAGCACUCCGUGCAGGUAGGAUAUAAACUGUAGCAAUAGUUUGCUACAUUUGUAGUAUCAGUUUGCUGAAGAGUAUGAUGAAAGAGGGUUGGGGCAGAGCACAGAAAUGGGACCUGAAUGACUGGGGGGGGGGGGGGCAGCAUGUCAUGCAUCUGGCCACUUGGUUGGUGUGUCAGUAGAAAGAACAUCCUUUUUCUUUUUCUUUCUUUUUUUGUUGCUCGGCAGUGGAAUAGUUUGGGGGAGGUCAGUGUAGAUCUAACUGUAAUAACUUGAUUGCUUUCAAUGUAGCAGUUCUCUUUAUUUACAUUGAAGUUUGUUUUGCUGAGUGGGUUGGGAUGCUGUUGUGUAGUACACUCCCAAUGUGCUGGUUGAACCAGCUAUGUUUCUGGCUAUGGAUUCUGUUUCAGGGUGCUGAAUUGGGAGGGGAGCAGGAGUUUAAGAUGCACUGAUAACUGUUCUUAUCACCUGGAAGGCAGUUGUUAAGGUAUUUGAAAAAGAAAAUUAAAGUAAUAAAACAAAUCAUGCUGAUUUUUGUAUCUUGACUCCAAGAGACAGGUGAAAAAAGAAACCCUAACUAACGAAAUAUGUGAAAGACGUGAGAACAAGACUUGCCAUACCUUAAGUGGAAAAAGAAGCAAAUAUGUCCAUUUUCAUUUUGUUAUACACACACGGUCAUCAUCAGUAAGAAUUAUCUCAGUACAGGCUUCCAUCUUAGUUAAUGCAGACCUGCAGCAGUUACUGUUGUGUUAAUCUUGGUAGCAUUGCAUUCAAAUGUAGCUGUAGCACUCAUCUAAAUCAAAGUGAUGUAUUUCCAGAGCAAAACAGUAAAAUAGUGAAUUCAGAGAUGAUGUGAAACUGAACAUAUGAUUGCACAGUGCAUCCAUACAAGGAAAUGCCAUUCUUUUUAGUCAUACUUACGUAUGUUUUUAGCACAAGUUGGCAGUAAAGGAAAAAAGUACAAUUUUCACUUACUGGAAGAAGGAGUGCCCUUCUUCAACCAGUCCCAAUCAUUUCUGCAGUAAUGCUUGGCUGAUGUAGUUCAUUUUCUCUUCUGGAGCACCAGCAGUCAGUCGUGCCUGGGGAAAAGAAGGGUAUCUGUGCACUUUGUGACUGACAUAAAAGUUGGUUUACUUGUGACAUUGAGUUAGUUGACCAAAGGCUAUCUUCCAGGUUGAGACCUUGGCAGUUCAGUAAUUUUUACUGUUCGUUGUGUAUUGUGAAAAAUGCUACUUUUGUUGUAAUAUACCUCAUUGGAUUUGUAGAAUUGUGUUACUCAUGUAAGUCAAUCUUGAAACAUUUAGUUUAAUGAAAAUGAGGUUGUGCAAACAACACUGUUGGAAUCGAGUGUUCAUAGCAUACUUAUUCUGUCCACUGUAUUUGUUUUAUGACCCGUAAUGGGUUUCAGCUACUGUCACUUUAUUCCAGCCAUUUGUGAAUCUGAGCAAGAGACACCCAAUGAAAAUUAUAUUUUUGUAGUAAGAUGGCAGAAGUGAUAAUUGAAGUGUUUUACUGCACUUGUCACAAUUGUAUGUUUUGUUACAAGUACAUAAACAUGCACCCUGUAAAUGUACACUGUAAAUGUAUAAAUAAAAUUAAAAAUGUGGUA